GUUCUUGAAAUGCUCUGUUCAUGUUUCAACCGAUUAUUUGGCAUGCUUUAUACUUGAUGUCGGGCCCCCAUGUUUACUUACUGAGAUAUUUUUAUCUCACGGUUUCCUUGUCCACUAUUUCAGGUAGUGAGACCCGACGCGUGGGAAGCCCGGGAGAGUGACGAGCUAGGCAGUUAGGCACUUUUGGACUUAGGUUUUUGUAGCUAAGCCGUUAGUCACCCAUGCUUGACAUAGAAAAUUUUGUGUACAGGAUUUAGUGUUAGUCAUGAUUGUAUAUAUAAUGUGAUAAAUUUUGUACAUUCGCUGGUAACUAUUUGGUAAAGUAAAAAGGCUUAGAUCUGAAUUACCUGAAUUGCUAAGUUUUGAAAUUAGUAUGAACCAACUCAAUCAAACUCUUGUUGGUGUUGUCAAGACUCAAAUGAUAGGGACUGAAGUAAACCUUGCCGAAAAGAAAGGUUUGAAUUUUAUCCAUCCCCAAUUGUUAGUAAGGAGCCUUAUUAUGUGAAUGCAUAUAUAUGACAGGAAGACAUAAGCCCUAACUCUCUAACAAGAAGACUUGAUUGAGCAAGGUCACCCUCACCAUAACGUACCGAACUCAUCAAUAUUGAUUAGAAAAAUUUGCAAAUACUAUUCAAAUGAGAUUAAGAAAUUCAUCACAACUGC